AUGGCAUCCCUCCCAAGUUAUACUGCCGCUGGGAGGACCCGAUCAUCGGAUGGCGUCACUUCCAAUAACAAUGAUGCUGUGACGACUGAGGGCACUUCACUCCCAACCCCCGACUCAACCGAGGACACUGAGACUGUAUUUUUGAACAAAAGUACUUCAACGACAAGUGUUCUCGAAAAUGUGGCUGAGGUCGCCGACAAAGCCACCGGUCGACCUUCAAAUCAACCGGAUACAACGCAAGAGGAACCUCGAAAAUGCUGGAUCUGUUACACCGACGAGACGGAAGACUCGCCACUGAAUCUGGAGUGGCGAUCUCCAUGCCCAUGUGCUUUGACGGCCCAUGAGGCUUGCUUGCUUGAUUGGCUUGCAGACCUUGAGAACCCUCGCUCGCGCAGACGAACUGGAGGCGCUAAAAUAGAGUGCCCUCAGUGUAAAUCUCGGAUUAUCGUGACGCGGCCUCGAAGCUACGUUGUCGAUGCUUUGCGUAUGGCGGAGAGAGUGGCGGGGCGGCUCGUACUUCCGGGAAUGGCUUUCACGCUGGCGGGCACCGUGUGGGCAGGCUGCUGCGCACACGGCGCAUACUCAAUGCAUCUUAUCUUCGGCGCGGAGGAGGCUAUGCGGAUUCUCGAAGAAAGUCGAGAGGGUCCGUGGACCCCGGGAAUGAACAUUGGGCUGCCCCUCAUCCCCCUCGUUCUGAUAUUUUCUCGCACUCGCUACGCCGAAGGCCUCCUCCCAGCGAUUCCCGUUCUAUUCUUCGCCGUGCAUAGCCCAGCCCACGAGGCUGCUGACCUCGAUUUCUGGCCACCUACCCCGGCGAUCACUUUUGCCGCUCUGCCUUAUGUGAAGAGCUUCUAUGGUGCGCUUUACGACCGUCUAUUUGGUGCACUUGAGCGGAAAUGGAUCGCAGAGGUGCAACCUCGCGCAGCAGAAGAAAUCCUGGAUGAUGCACAGCAGCAGGACCAGGCGGAAGGACUCAAUCGAUUUGGCGACAACGUCAAUGGCCAAAUUCUUAUGGAGAUUGAUCUCGAGUUACAGGUAGGAAUGGGCAAUGACGACGAGCUUGCCGAUGCUCUAGCUCUUCCUGCCGAUGACAACGAUGGCGCUGACAUAGCCGCCCAGGAUGGACAAGCUCGAGCGGGCCAGAAUAACGGACAAGGAAUGGACCUGGGCCGACGCCAAAACGAAAUCAUUCACGACACCGGAAACCUCACCGAUAUUGUUCUAGGAGCUCUCGUGUUCCCGGCUAUCUCCGCAUCAGUGGGUGGCCUUUUGAAAUACGUUCUUCCUAAAGCCUGGACCACGCCAUCUUCGGUUCUGGAGCGUAGCCGCCCUGGACUUCUCCAAACUCGUUGGGGUCGCAGUGUCGUUGGUGGUUGUAUGUUUGUACUACUCAAAGACGCACUUGUUCUUUAUUGCCGGUGGAAGCUGGCACAAACACACCGACGACGCAAGGUUUUGAAUUAUGAUCGGUCCAAGGCCAGAAAACCAGGGUCAGCGAAGCGAUGA